UGCAAAAGAGUGGGUCGUGGCUGAGAGAGACAUUAGAUCAUAUCAGAUCACAGGCUGAAGAAGGUGGACAGCACCACAAAGCAGAAGUGGGCUUUAAAAGGAUCCUUUUUUUUUGUAUUAAAUGUUUAAAUAUAAACUCUGUGCAUUUGCAUCAUGAUGAAGGGAAAGGAAAGGUUGCUUGCCACUGGUGCGGCGCUUCUCUCUGUGCUGACGGCUGUGACUGCAAUAAAAGUUGACAUUGUGGAUACAGUGAAAGAAGUUGCUAGAGACGAUAAAGUUAAUUUCAAAUGCCAGUACACAACUUCGGUGACCAACAGGAAUGCGCUUAAUAUUAUAUGGAAUUUCAUUCCUGAUGAUCCAGAUAAAGAAACGAUUGACGUAAUCCAGUGGUUCAACGCUCUGGAUGAACCGGUGAUUGGAACCAAGUAUAAAACUAGAGUGAAAUUUACAGGCGACGUUAUGCUUAAUGAUUGUUCAAUCACAAUCAACAAUACAAUCACAUCGGACAGUGGUACAUACGAGGUUGAAGUCAAACUUCCCACAGACUUGGAAGGUGACCGGAAAGACCGAGUGGAGCUCGUUGUAUUAAUUGCUCCUUCGCCACCUGCCUGCUCCAUCGCAGGAGGUACUGAAUUCGGACAAGAUGUGAUAUUGAAAUGUCACUCUGAUGAGGGGUCCCCUAAACCUACUUACUCGUGGAAUUCCUACACUAUUGAGAACUUGCCAAGAUCAUUGCCGGCAAAUUCUGUUCAACAGGAAGAUGGAUUACUGCUUAAAAAUCUUACCGGUACUCAUUCUGGGUUCUACAUAUGUACUUCAAGAAACAAAAUCAAGUUUGCCACCUGCAAUGUAACUUUAACAGUUUUGGCUCCGGCCAUGAAAUUUCCGCUUUACGCUGGACUUGUUGGGGGUGGAGUGGCUGUCCUGAUUAUCAUUGGCAUCAUUGUUUAUUGUUGCUGCUGUCGUUCAAAAGGGCCUCCGGAAGGCUAUGAAAUGGAGGAGCGGGAAGAGGAGGAUGACGAGUCAGAGCAUCGACCUGCAAAGCCUAGAACCCGGUAUGAGGAGGAGAUGCAGCGACGGCCUGCAAAGCCUAGGAACGACGGCAGGAAUGACGAUCGGAAUGAUGAUCGGAACAGCAGGAAUGACGAUCGGUACAACGACAGGAAUGACGAUCGGUAUGGGGGAAGGAAUGACAAUCGGUACAACAACAGGAAUGAAGAUCGCUAUGGGGGCAGGAAUGACAAUCGGUACGAUGAUAGGAAUGACGAUCGCUAUGGGGGCAGGAAUGACAAUCGGUACGAUGAUAGGAAUGACGAUCGCUAUGGGGGCACGAAUGACAAUCGGUACAACACGAAUGACAAUCGGUACGACAGGAAUGACGAUCGUUAUGGGGCCAGGAAUGACGAUCGCCAGGGGGGCAGGAAUGACGACCGUUAUGGGGCCAGGAAUGACGAUCGCCAGGGGGGCAGGAAUGACGAUCGCCAGGGGGGCAGGAAUGACGAUCGCCAGGGAGGCAGGAAUGACUAUCGCGAUGACAGGAAUGACGAUCGCUACGCGGGCAGGAAUGACAACCAAUAUGACGACAGGUAUAACGAUCAGUACAAUAACUACGAAGGCAACCAGCCCCAGUAUGAUGAAACUCCGUACGAUGAUGAUGAAUUUGACGAUGAUGACUAUUCCCCCCGUCCUUCAGCCGAGGUAGCAUUGGUGCCUCCCAAUGAACGCAACUACCCGCAGAAUAAUUAUAAUGCUUGAAAACAAUUUGCUCUACAACAGCUGGGGAGAUAAUUUGCAAUAUCUCUAAAUUCUGACACUCCUAUUUAGCUUUCAGUAAAAUUCUAUUACCCGUA